AUGGCCGCUAUUGAUGGCGUCGAGUCAGCCUGUACCCCACCACACCCGCUCUUCACGUACAACACCACGUUGCGUCCCGUCGUCCACUUCACCGCCUACGAGGAGUUCCACCGCGUGUCAAGAACAUGCCGCAACAAUUUCACCAAAGGCGUCCGCGUCUCACCUGACGGUCUCUGCCUCUUGACCAACAGCGACGACCACGUGCUGCGGUUGUUUGAACUCGACGGCGACAACACGCAGUCCCGCACGAGUUUGUUGCAGGCCAACGACGGCGGCACAGUGUACGACUACGCGUGGUACCCGUUCAUGUCGUCGGCAGACCCGUCUUCGUGCCUCUUUGUGAGCUCGAGUCAAGACCACCCCGUGCAUCUAUGGGACGCCUACACGGGCGGCCUGCGAGCCACGUAUCGCGCGUUCGACCACCUGGACGAGCUCACCAGUGCGCACAGCGUGGCCUUCAAUGCCACCGGCACGAAACUCUUUGCUGGCUUUGACCGCAUGAUCCGCUUCUUCGAUCUGUCGCAGCCUGGUCGAGACUUUUGCGCUCGCCCUUUGAGCCGGACGCGACGGUCCCGUCAAGGCCAGCGAGGGCUGAUCAGCACGCUGCACUUCAAUCCCGAUCAUUCCAAGAUCUAUGCCGCUGGCUCGUAUGGAGGCAUGACUUGCGUGUACACGGAGGACGAGGGGGAAGAGCUGCUUGCCCUCUGCGAUCACGACGGCCGCGGCAUUGCCCAAGUGCGAUUCUCGCCUUGUGGCAGGUUCUUGUACACGAGUGCCCGCUGCGAUGCGCGGAUCCACUGCUGGGACAUUCGUGCUACGAACGAAAUUCUGCACACGUUCAACCGCGUGGCCGACACGAAUCAGCGACUGGAGUUUGACUUGCACUGUGGCGGGAGGUAUCUUGCGGCUGGCAGUCGCACCGGUCGAAUGAUGCUCUACGACGUGGUGACGGGCGAGCUGCUCGAUGAGACCAUUCGGCUUCCUGACUGUGUCAACGGCGUGUCCUUCUUCCCUGACGCGUCCCGAGCCAUCGUCGCUGUGUGCAGCGGUCAGCGUCACUUUGACCUGCCCGACGAUACGGACAACGACGACAACGACGACAAUGACGGCAGUGUCAGUCAAGCGGACGUAGCUACAGAGGCAGCAGCGAGCUCCAACGUGCGAAACCUGCUUCAGGUGUACGACUUCCAGCCGCUUCCAUGCAACAGCCAGCACGAUGGCGCUUCGUCUGACGUCCCCGAGUCGACACUGCCGUCCGCUAGCAAGCACCCAAACUCGCACAACACCAGCAACAGGUGA